UUUUUAGUGUCUACAAGCGUUUAGUGAUAAAGAGCAUUAUCCAUAAGCAUAAGUAUUUCAGAUUAGAACAUUGACAGGUUGCGGAAUGGUGGUGUUUGCAUGUAAUGCCUGUGGCGAGUCCUUGAAGAAGAAUCAAGUGGAGAAGCACUACUACACGAAAUGUCGGAGCUGCAAUGUCCUCUCCUGUCUAGACUGCGGCAAAGAUUUCUGUGGUAAUGAAUAUGAGCAGCACACAAAGUGUGUGUCUGAGGAAGAGAAGUAUUCAGGAAAGAACUAUGUAGCAAAGCCUAAUGCAAACAAGAAUGAAAUCAAGCAACAGCAGUGGCUCCAGCAAGUUCAGCUGGCUAUAGACAAAGCCAAAGCAAAUCCACAACUAAGAGAACUGCUGGUGAAGCUGAAAGAUUUCCCCAACAUUCCAAGAAAACAGAACAAGUUCAUUAACUUCCUCGGCAACAGUGUGAGAUGUCGUAACCCUAAGACUUGUUCUGAGGCAUGGAAGGUGCUGAUGGAAAAUGUGGAAAGACCAGCACCGCCAAGUAGUUCACAACAGGGCAAUGGAUCUGCUGACAUUAAAGCUUCAGAAGGCAACAGUGAAAACACAACAAACAAUCUAACACAAGACUCAUCUGACCAACAUGCUGUGAGCCAGGUUACCGAAACAGAGGCUAAGAAAACUAGCAAAAGAGAGAAAAAAGAAGAGCGGAGAAAAAAGGCCCACAAGAAUGAGAAAAAAGAUAAACAAGAGGAGGUUGCUGAAGAAAAAAAGAGUAGAAAGAAGAAGAGGAAACGAGUUGAUUCAGUGGACAAUGAUGAUGCAGAGGCCUCCCCGGAGCAGGAUGACAGCAGACUGGUUGCUGUUGAAGAUGGAGGUGCUGAGGAGGAGGAGGAAUCAAGUGAACCAGUCAAAAAGAAGUUCAAGACCAAGUUCAACUGGGCAGAGAUUGUGCAGGAAGUACUGGAGUCCAAAGGCCCGGAAAUAAAGAUAAAGAAGCUGCGGAAAAAGGUUCUUGCCGAGUACCUUUCUCAGGGAUGUACAGCAAAGUCUGAGGAAAAACUCUGGGCCACGUUUGAAAAGAAACUCAAGAGGAACCAUGCUGUGAAAAUUAUGGGGGAUCGAGUGAAGCUGGUUACCGUGGACAGAUAGAAUGGAGUGUUCAAACAGUUAAAAUUGUGGGAGAUAGAGUCAAGCUGGUUAUGGUGAUGAGAUAGACUGGAGUGUUCAAACAAUGCUGUCGAAUGGAUGCAUCUUGAAAUAAGCUUUUUUAAAGAAUAAUGGGGCAUAUAAUCAAUGAGCAUAUGACAAAUUCUCAUAAGAAAACAAAUUUAAAUUGAAUAUAUUGUGAAUUUCCGAAAUAGAAAUGCAAUUUAAGUUCAUAAAUCUAAAUAAGCUUGGAGUUAUAAUCCAGUCUAUUUGUUUCAAUAUAUAUCUAAUUACAACCAAGUCUCCUCUAUGUGCUUGUUGAUAAAACAGUCCAAAGGUCUUACCGGUAUUUUAAAGUUUUUAUUUUAAACAAAAUGUCUUUUAUUCUAACUAUUGUCAAAGAAAAGAAGUGUGAACGCAUCUUUUACGGACAUCUGUUGUAUAAAAAAAAUUGGUUUCUUAAAUGCUUUAAAGAAAACAAAAAUAUAUCAACAAAACAUA